ACCACCACUUUGCCACAGCAACGCGUGGCUGGGCACAGCUAGUGCAUAUAUAUUAUAUUAUUAGUAUAUGAUAAUAUGAGUAUUAUAUAUUAUGAUAUUGUUAUUAUGAGGCCUUAUUCACCCAAUUCCUUUCCUUGCACCCCAAUAUUGGCUCCCACCUACCUUUUGUUUGUUUGUUUCUUUAAAAUGGGGCUUUACCUGCCAAGGUUCUCUCCCAUCAUUGCCUCCUUCUUGGAGAACUUUCCAAGGGGAGGGGGAGACCUUGAAGGUGUUGGGGGGGGGGGGGCACUUGGCUCCUCCCCUUUUCAGGUGGCCACGCCUCUUUACCCUCCCUUUUGCUUAAAAGAGAUUUGCUUCCACGCCAAGGGAGCCACGCCACGAUGCCCUGGAGCCUCUCCUUGGUGCUGCGUGUUCUGGGGACCGGCCUCUUUGCGCUGGCGGUGCUGGGGGCCAUCCUGGCGGCCUACGUGACAGGCUACCAGUUCAUCCACACGGAGCAGCACUUCCUCUCCUUCGGCCUCUAUGGGGCCAUCCUGGGCCUGCACCUGGGCGCCCAGAGCCUCUUUGCCUUCCUGGAGCACCGCCGCAUGCGCCGCGAGCCCACCCGGCCCCUCAAGCUGCCCGGCCCCCGCGUGGCCCUCUGCAUCGCCGCCUUCCAGGAGGACCCCGACUACCUGCGCCAGUGCCUGCGCUCCGUGCGCCGCAUCUCCUUCCCGGGCCUCAGGGUGGUCCUGGUGGUGGACGGCAACAGCCGCGAGGACGCCUACAUGCUGGACAUCUUCCGGGAGGUCCUGGGCGCCGACGGCAGCGGAGGGAGCAGCGGCUUCUACAUCUGGAGAAGCAACUUCCACACCGACGGAGACGGGGAGACCGAGGCGGGGCGGCGCAAGGCCGAGAGCCACAUCCAGCGCCUGGUCCGGAUCCACAGCUACUGCUGCAUCAUGCAGAAGUGGGGCGGCAAGCGGGAGGUCAUGUACACCGCCUUCCGGGCCCUCGGGGACUCCGUCGACUACGUCCAGGUGUGUGACUCUGACACCGUUCUGGACCCGGCUUGCACGGUGGAGAUGCUGCGCAUCAUGGAGGAGGACCCCCGUGUUGGCGGCGUCGGCGGAGAUGUCCAGAUCCUGAACAAGUACGACUCGUGGCUGUCCUUCCUGAGCAGCGUGCGCUACUGGGUGGCCUUCAACGUAGAGCGGGCCUGCCAGUCCUACUUCGGCUGCGUCCAGUGCAUCAGUGGCCCGCUGGGCAUGUAUCGCAACGCCUUGCUGCAGCGCUUCCUGGAGGACUGGUACCAGCAGAGCUUCCUGGGCAGCCGCUGCAGCUUCGGGGACGACCGGCACCUGACCAACCGGGUGCUGAGCCUGGGCUUCCGGACCAAGUACACGGCCCGCUCUCGGUGCCUGACGGAGACGCCCACCCGGUACCUGCGCUGGCUGAACCAGCAGACGCGCUGGAGCAAGUCCUACUUCCGGGAGUGGCUCUACAGCGCCCUCUGGUUCCACAAGCACCACCUCUGGAUGACCUACGAGUCGGUGGUGACCGGCUUCUUCCCCUUCUUUCUGGUGGCCACCGUGGUCCGGCUCUUCUACCGCGGCCGCCUAUGGAACAUCCUGCUCUUCCUGCUGACCGUCCAGCUGGUGGGCAUCCUCAAGGCCGCCUACGCCUGCCUCCUACGCGGCAGCGCCGAGAUGCUCUUCAUGUCCCUCUACUCUCUGCUCUACAUGUCCAGCCUCCUCCCGGCCAAGCUCUUCGCCAUUGCCACCAUCACCAAGUCCGGCUGGGGCACCUCCGGCCGCCGGACCCUGGCAGUCAACUUCAUGGGCCUGGUGCCCGUCUCGCUCUGGGCAGCCGUGCUGCUGGGGGGUCUGGCCUACACCGCCUGCAGCCAGGACCUCUUCUCUGACACCGAGCUGGUCUUCCUAGUCUCUGGCGCCGUUCUCUACGCCUGCUACUGGGUGGCCCUCCUCGCCCUCUACCUGGCCGUCGUAGCCCGGCGCUGCGGCACCAAGACCCAGGAGGCGUGCGUCCUGGCCUUCGCAGAGGUCUGAGCCUCAGGGUGGGAGGGGAGGUGUUGCAGGGAGGGGGGAGGGGGUGUGCAAUAAGGGGGAGGGUCCAGCAGCCCUGCUUCCAGUGGCCUUGACUCUGUGCCGAAGAAAGCCAGCCUCAGAAGGAAGCCGGAAGGUCAAGAAGGAAGCUGGGAUUCCCAUCUUGAUGGGGGAAUGGCUUGGGGCCACCUUCUUUGCUUUAAGGACAUCUAGCCCCCUAAAUAGAUUACAAUCUCAAGAAGGAAGACGGAUUCCCAUCUUGGAAGCUCUUACGACUUUAACAAAAGGCAUCCAACCCCCAAAUCCACCUUGGAAGGUCAAGAAGGAAGCCAGGAUUCCCAUCUUGGAAGCUCUUGGGUCUUUGACAAAAGGUAUCCAGCCCCAAAAGCCACCUUGGAAGGACAAGAAGGAAGCCAGGAUUCCCAUCUUGGAGGCUCUUGGUAUCCAGCCCCAAAAGCCAUCUUGGAAGGUCAAGAAGGAAGCCGGGAUUCCCAUCUUGGAAGCUCUUGGGACUUUGACAAAAGGUAUCCAGCCCCAAAAGCCACCUUGGAAGGACAAAAAGGAAGCCAGGAUUCCCAUCUUGGAGGCUCUUGGUAUCCAGCCCCAAAAGCCAUCUUGGAAGGUCAAGAAGGAAGCCGGGAUUCCCAUCUUGGAAGCUCUUGGGACUUUGAUAGCUCAUCCAGCCCCAUAAGGAAACGGAAAGGUCAGGGAAGGAAGGCGGGAUUCCCAUCUCUGGUGCUGCUGGGAUGCUUUUUGGUGCUGCUCCUGUAGAAGCCCACCGACUCCAGGAAAAGCUUCCACUGCCAUCGGAUCUGUCUUUGACCGGCACCAUUCUGCUCAGAGGACACUGCCGUACACAGCAGGGCGGCAAGGGGCAAAGAGGACCUUCUGUUCAGGGUAUAAUCAAAACGGAAGCCGGGGUGGGUGGGUCGGGGUCCUACCGGGAGCAAUAAGCCCUUUUGCGGGGACCGACCGAAGAAGAAGCGUCGCUGUUAGCUUUGGACUCUCCUUGCGGAGCUCUUCAAGGAGCCUUUAAGUGUUUAUUCCUUUUCUGACAAGCAAAUGGGGGUCCAAUUGGGACCACUAUGAUGUGCCAGUGGGGUGACAAUGGGAGAUUGGUUCCUUGCCUUUGGCUGACUUGAGAAGGGAAGCUGCAGGAGGGGAAAAUCCUCCUUUUGUUGUUUUUUGGGGAGGGCAGACAGCAUGGUGAAAAUGUCUCCCAUGCUGCUUUAGAGGCAUUUUUUAAAGAAACGGUUAUAUUUUGGACAGUCAGGGUUUAGCCCUCGAGGUCUCUUUCGGGGCGAAUGUGGUUCCUUUUAAGAAACGCUGUCCAUUUGUGACAUGGUGCUGAGGAACGUGGGCCUCCUUCGGCACAAACAGAAUACUUGAAAUGUUUCCCAGGGUCCUUUUUAUGGCAAACCCGCAGCCGAAAUGAAUGUGACUAAACCAGUUGCAAACUUGGGGAAGCCGGUGCUUGGACCAUGGCACACAGGGACCCCUUCAUUUGUGGGAAGGGGAUUCUGGGUGUCAUAGUCCUUGAGAACCCAUCUCCAGGUUUCUAUGACGUGGACCAUCUAUUCUUACUUGCAUUAGCAGACUAAUCUUGCAGGGAAUGGGUUUCUCUUGAAGCCCAUUUUUGUGGUGCUCCGUUCUUACAUCCGGUCCAUGUCUUGCACCAGCAGGGAGGGCACAGAGGUUCAUCCAAAAAGAAUUCAAGCCCUUCCCAAAGUCAUGCCGAGCCUAAUACUGUGAUCGGGACCUUUUUCCUUGGUGCUUCUCUUCCGGCGCUCUUAUUUCCCUGGUGCUAGACCAACCCAAGGCACAAGGCAUUUCCAACUCAGAGAGGGAAACCGAAAUAAGAGGUGCUGCUACCUUUGUCGCUCAAUCUGAAAGCCUUACCUUUGGUUCUUAACCUAUAAUUCUUCCUUUUAGCAAAAAGGCAUUUCAGGGGAUCACUGGGCAGCUGGCACCAAGCUCUGAUCCAAAGGAGGUGGGCACCUUUUAUGGCAAAGCCACACUAUUAGGCUUUCCUAUGUGUUGCUGGGUAACCGGAAGACAGCACUUAGCUACUUAGAAUUACUUCUUGCAAGUUCAGUGGUGGACAAUUUAGAUUCUUGAAAAUGGGCUUCCUAUUCUUCCUUCAGUUCUGAAAAACACAUUUUUUAAAAGGCAGGAUAAUCUGUGUUUUACACAACAUUUUGAUAAUGUUUGAGCAAUAGUGGUGAAAGAGUUGUGAGUGAAUGGCUCUCUGCAGUGUCUGGAUACGACUUCUUUAUGAUCAUUACCUCUCUUCCUUUUAUUGGUGAAAAUGAAUUCCAGGUCAUAACCUAUAACAUAUUAGAUUCCGAAUGAGGUGUGCAAACUUAAUGGAAUUUGGUUUGACUUUGCAAGAGCUAAGCAUUGGGCCUUCAAAAGCAGAGAGAAGUAGGGUUCUGUUUAUAUUUUUAGUGGACAGGAGACUUCCCUGCACACAACUCAGGCAGCAAAAAGUAUGUUCUCUGUAGCCAAACUAACAUGACUAGACUGGUCAUUUGAUCAGUCAACGGGCAGUUUAAGCCCAUCUUUGCCCAACACUGUGACAAAAGUUGGAGACCCUCCCCACAAAACCCCAGCUUCCUUCCUUGCAAUGAAUGUCUGGUUAUGCUGCUUUUACUCUUCCCAGCUCUGCUGCCUUCUCCUGCCUGUGCUGGUCCCAGGCAAAGCGAAGGGAAGGACUCUAUGUCCCAUCAGCCCCUUCCUCUGGCUGCUUUCCCUCCUCGCCCCACUCCUUUUUCUACAUUGACAUGUUUGUUUCUCUUAUUUAAGAUGACCUUUGUAGGACCUUUUGUCCAGCUCUUUCAUAAGGACAACAGUCGACCAAUUCAGAAUUAUUUGUAAGAACGUAUUUAUUUUUUAACCUGUGUUCUUUUUGUACUUUUUUUAAAGGGAGGGCAAGGUUUGAGUCCGUUUGUUUUUUUACGACAAUGCCUUUGUUACGGUUAAUAAAAGUCCUUGGAAAUAA